AUUUAAUUGUCAAAAAUGCAAGAAAGAAAAUGAUUAAUAAUAUUCAAAUAUGUAAAUUAUACAUACAGAGGAAACGAUGUAAUAUAUACUUUCUCAUGAUUAGUGAAGAAACAUCUCCUGAGAAACCCAUUUAACAUACAAACAAAUACCAACUAACCCCAACUCUUUUGCCAAUUACUCCAACAAGAAAACUCCAAGAUGUUCAUUCUUAUUACUCAAAAUAAAACAUUAGUCCACUUUCAAAUGAUGAUGAAGAGUAAUUUGAAGAUUUAGAAGAUCUUUAAGAGCUGUCUAGUAAAUCUAGUGAUUGUCAAUUACUUACUGGUUUAAAUACAUGUCCAAUCUUGACCGAUAACAGAAGAAAAAGCGAGGAAUAAAUUCAAUUGUCGUAAGUAAAAGUUCUUAUUAUCAUAGUAUAUGUUUUAUUAUAAAUCAAGUCAAAAAAUAUCUAUUCCUCGAGCAUCUAUUUUCAAAAUUUAACAUUUAACACAAAACAAGCUGAAACAAUCGAAUAAUAACUUAGCUUAAAUUAAACAAAUUUAAGAAUGAGUAGAA